AUGACGCCCACUGCUCGGGGUCAAGCGACCACUACCAUUAUCGUUGGAGAAACUGUAGUAUUUUGCCUACAGGUAGCAACAAGAGACUUUGAGAACCAAGAAAAAACUCUUUUAACUGGAGACUGUUGCUAUAUUAAUCCACUGGUGCGCAGAACCGUCAGAUUUCUGGGAAUUUAUACUUUUGGAUUAUUUGCUACAGAUAUAUUUGUAAACGCUGGACAAGUUGUCACGGGAAACUUGGCUCCACAUUUUCUUACAGUUUGCAAACCGAACUACACAGCACUUGGUUGCAACCAACUUACACAGUUUAUCACAGAUACCAAUGCUUGUACAGGAAAUCCAGACCUUGUUAUCAAAGCAAGGAGAACAUUUCCAUCCAAAGAAGCAGCUCUCAGUGUGUACGGAGCAAUGUACUUGGCUAUGUAUAUCACCAGCACGGUUAAAGCCAAAGGGACACGGCUCGCCAAACCUGUCUUGUGUCUGGGCUUGAUGUGUUUGGCAUUUCUUACUGGAAUAAACAGGGUGGCAGAAUAUCGCAAUCACUGGUCAGACGUCAUAGCUGGCUUCCUCAUUGGAAUAUCAAUAGCAGUGUUUCUGGUUGUUUGUGUGGUAAACAAUUUUAAGGGAAGACAAACAGAACAGGAAAAAUCGCCAAUUGACAACUUGGCACAGAUGCCAAUGAUCAGCAUCCCACGGGUAGAAAGUCCCUUAGAAAAG